CUAGUCUUGAACUUUUGAUACUUCCAGCUCCAGUUCAAUACGCAGCGAAGUCAAGCUUGCCUCGAGGUUCCGAGCGAGACGCCAAUGGCGGACGACGAAGCGGCCAUCGCGCCCGCGGAGGAGUCGCUGACCAUGCCGCUGCUGGAGCCAGCCGCGAGCCCCCGUGACCCGUACGUGGAGGUGCGCCUGUACCGGCGGGGCGCCGGCCCGGCCAAGGUCUUCCGGUCAGGCCUGAAGGGCCCUCGCCGCGACCGCCUCGACGUGCGCGGCAUCCAGGCCUACCACGGCCUCCGGGCGCUCUUCGCCUUCAAGCCGGAGGCCUCCCGCCGCGGCCGCGGCCUCCGGAUCCGGCCGGACCCGGCCACCGGCCACUCCGCCCUGCCCUUCCGCGACGGCGCCGCCAUCGUCCUCGACGGCGAGCCCAAGACGUCGUGGACGAAGCCUGUGUCGAUGAUCGCCGCCGGUCUGCUCGUGACGGCGGUGAUGGCGUCGGUGGCUUUGGACGGGGUGCCGGAGUGGCUGCGGUCGUCGACGGUGGCCAACGCCCUCUUCGCGCCCUGGAUCCUCGCCAGCGUGGUCAUCAUCUUCGUUCGCAUCAGGACGCGACCAAGGGCUCCACCAUGAAUGGAGCCGAGCUUGCUACUGUAAUAGCUCUCCUCUGCACUGUCCUGAUGCUCCGCCUUGAAUGGAGCCGAGGUAGCUACUGUAAUUGCUCUCGUUUGUACUGUCCAGAUGCUCCUCUGCUUGUGUUCUCUCAUUUCUCUUCAGAAAUUGUGUGCCGUCGAGGCAAAACUCCAGGAUGUGUUUUUUUCUGUAUCGAAAGUAGCAACACUAUGCAGUUUGUAUCAGUAUGAAAAAUCAUCUGAAAGAGUCAAAACUU